GCCCCCUCCCCGCCGCCGGGGAUGGACUGCACAUUCCUCACACUCCGGAUCUCGGUAGAGCCGAAUCGCCGCGGCGGAACGAAGAGGAGCCGAGGACACGACGGAUUUGUGCGGCACAUGAAGAGUGUCAAGGGCACGUAAGGUCAAUGUUGGGUCGAGGCGUGAAGCGGAAGUGGAGUAGCCUGGAGGGUCCGGAGGCCGAGCAUCUCCCCGAUGUCGCAGCGCCAGAGGACAAGAGGCCGGACGCGGCUUUGGAGGACUCAGAGGAGCAGGUCAGAGAGGACCGAUGGUCCAGGACCGACGCUGGCCACCUGCAGCAGCGGCAGCUGGUGCUCAGCCUCUGCCUGGAGAAGCUGCAGCACUACCAGGCCGGCGUGGAGCUCAGCCUGCGGCGCUCCGUGCUCCUCAUCAACACGCUCAGGCAGAUCCAGGAAGAGAUGCGGAGCGACGGGACGGACGUGCGGCUCGGCGGCGUGAGCCCCGACGCGCGCCUCCUCAGGGACGACUUCAGGGAGGACGAGUCGGUCACGUGCCCCGGCUGCACUGAGGGAGACGCGGAAAGCCUGUCUCCCCCGCUGUCCCCUGAACCGACAAACACAGCACCCACGGACCUACAGAAACCCCCGCCCAACGUUGUCGGUCACACCAUUAGCGAUGCAGGAAGCGCCAUGGGCUACCUAAGUGACCUCGCCCUGGACGAUAUCUUCGAGGACAUCGACACGUCCAUGUACGAGACUUCGGAACUGCCGUCCGCCUGGGCGGCCGGCUCCCUGUGGCCGGUCAGCGUGUCCUUCUGGCCCGACGACGACGUGAAGCCGCGUUCCUCGGCGGGAAGCCUCCAGUCGUGUCUGCUGGACCUGAAUGAACUGGACCACAUCAUGGAGAUUCUGGUGAAGUCCUGAUCUCCAUAAUAACGUCUGGUGCAGCCGGUUGAUCUGGGCUGUGAAGGUUUUGGAUUUGGAUUCACACUCUGAACAUCUGCAGACAGGAAGCUGAAUGACACUCAUCCCUCGUUAACGAGGGACCACAUAUGCACUUAUUGCUCGUGCCUCAAAGUAGACAAAUAUUUAUUUCAACUUUAGUAUAAUUUGCAUAUGAAUUAUAAAUGCACUGAUCCACUUUUUUCACAACCGAUACUGAUAUCGAUACCGAUUUCUAAGGUUUAGAUCCGAUCCGAUGCAGAAAAACGACUGAAUUGACUUAAAAUAUACAUAUUUUUUUAAACACAUAAUGUGCUGAAUUACAAAUUUAUUUGCUAAAUCUGCGCCAGUGAAAUACACCAAUAGCUUCAUUAGCUUAGUCAAAUAUGGAAAAUAUUUGCUCAGUCAGCGUAAUUAGACGUGGGACAGCUGAUAAAAACAACAGGUUGACUAUUCUAGUCGAACAUGCAAAAAAAACUGCAGCAAACCUUCUUUGAAAUGGUUCAGAAAAAGCAAUUAGGAAUUCUAAAUAUUAUGUAAAAUAAAUAAUAAAGCAGCAAAUGUAGAAUUUGACUGAGUAGAUCUGCCUUUACUGAUGUAGAUUCUCUAGUAUGAACAUCUAUGUACAUAUAGGCUUUGGCUUAUAUGAGAGUCUCACAGUAUGUUAACGUUGAACAGAAAUACCAGUUUUAUGUGAUUGUGAAGCUCCUUUAUAAUUCCACAUGCUGAUUGUUCAAGUUUUACGUGACUGGAAUUAUUUUCGAAAAUCUGAAAAUGUUUUCUUUUUUCUUUUUCUUUUUUUAAGCGAUGGAAAAUGCCGUAGACUUUUUUUUCUUUAGCCAAAGUAGGGUGCUGUUCAGAAACAAGUGGGGUGGGGGUUCAAGGCUCUGCAGUACAGUUUUGACUGGAAACAUUGUAACAUUUUGGCCUUGGUGUCGGAAAAUGCUUACGGAGAGAUUUUUGAUUUGAGAUUAGCAGAUUCGCUGGUGGUACUAUCCGUGAAGUCAAACUUCUUGUAGCAAAGCUCCUGUUCCGCUUUUAGAAGCAGAACAGCAGUUCUUUACCUCGACAACAGAUUGUUUUAGCAGUGAGGCGCACCAAAGACUAUGCCAUAUUCGUGUUCCUUUACUCAGUCAAAGCGUAACCUUUCGGGGAGCUGCUGUGGAGAAGCUCUGUGUGUCAACCGACAGCUGUGGACGAAGGAAACCGAGCGGCCAUGAAAGCUGCGUCACUCAGUCUGUCAGAUCAGAUCUGGGUUGAUAAUUAAUUAAAGUCCCUUCAGUUACUCAAGAGGCUGCGCUUCAUCCAGCCAGGAGGGCAAAGGCCUGACUUUCCUGUUAGUUAUGGGACUGAACGCUUUCUUUUUAUGGAAUGCCAGAAGUGCCACAAUUACAAAAAAUUCUAAAUUAAUACUUAAUUUUUGUCUAUUUAUGUCAUGUUGAAAAUCAAAUUUAAAAUAGAAACAUCAUCUAAGUGAUUUUUUAAAAUACACAAUGAACUUGAAUAAUUAUAUUAAUACUUAUUUUUAAUUUAUUUAUGCUAACGCUUGCAGUGCAUCAAAUGCAUAAUUUAAUCUGUGACGGUAAUCAAAUAAACCUUUGAUCUGAUUGGUCAACCUGCACAUCAGCUAAACAUACCGAUGGUAGUAGAGUUCCUAAAUUGUUGUCGUGUAAAAUGACAAAAACGAAAACUAUGAAAACAAAUGUACUUUGGAAAUAUUUUAAAUUAUAUUUCACAAAUAAUAUAUUUGUGUCUGAAUUCAUCGCUCUUGUUAUUUAACAAUUUAUUUAUUAUUUUAGUUGUGGUACUUUUGGACUUCCAUAUACUGCACCAACUUGAGCCUUUUUGGGGGAAAAAGAAGAAGUUGCAGCUUCUUGUUGAGUAUUUUACUACAAUCAUGGGGUCAAAACAAAAUCCAGAUGUAAUUUUUAAAAAAUUUUUUUAUUUUUUUGCAGCAAAAAUAAUAAGAAUUGUUCUUUGGUAUGUAAAAGGUGAAAUAUUGGGUUUGUUGGGAUGGUUAAUCUAAUGUUAGUUUUUUUUUUAUUUAUGACUGAUAAACCGGCCUCAAACUGCAGUAGGUGUGCGAGUUUAUUGUGUGAGUGUAAGUUUAACUUAUAAUGUUAGUUUGUUUUGGUCUCUUGGUGCAAUGGCUGCUGUUGACACAAAUCUACCAGUUAUUGUUAUGGCAGCUUGUGUUUUGGGGAAAUCUGGCAUUACAUAUAAGCAGCAAAAAUCAUGAACUGUUUUAUUUUUUUAGAGAAAAAAAAUGUAAUCCCAACUGUGAUUGAAAAUAGGAAUCUUUGCCAUGUCCUUAAAUUGUAAAUGAGAACAUUUAAGCCUAUGUACUCUUAAGGCCUUGUGCUUUUUGUAUUCCAGUGGUGGGAGGGGGUUUUUAACAGUUUUGUACUUGUUUCUACCUAAAACUGCAAUCUUGUGUCCAGGAAAGGGGGAGAUGGGAACCCAGGGAGGGAAUCACAACCUCGAUAUUCACUGUUUGCGGUUUGCUGCUACUGCAUAUCAGCGCCUUUGCAAAUACAGGGGACAAAAAGUAGGAGUAGAUUUUCGAGAAAAAAAAACAACUCAGAAAUUCUGAGAUUACUCUCAGGAAUAUCCCAGUUUGACAUGUCGAAAAUUUCAGAAAAAAAGAUUUCUAAAAUUAAUUUAGAAAAAAAACCCCUAUAAACCUUCUUGAGUUUGAAAAACCAAAAAUGUCUGAGAAAAAAACUCAGAAAUUUGGGCUUAAUAUCAAUUUCUGCAAGGGCGUUUUCUUCGGAAAUUUAAUCCUUUUUUUCUCGGUCUAAAUUGGCCCUAAUACGCCGCCGUAGUUUGCUCUUCUACCUCGUGUUUGUUUCUGGUUUAUCUGGACUCCUGCUUUACCUGCGCUUCGCUCCCCAGAGCCAUCAGCCGUUUGGCACAGACGGGGUUUUUGUUUCGUUUUUUGCUUUAUUAUUUUUAUUUUUUGUAACUCAGCUCUGUGCUCUCCGACCAAAGUAACCUCCUCCCUCCUCGUCUUUUGUGGCAAAUGUGCCUUACUACUGAACCGAACAUGUUUAUUGGUGCGGAGCUUUUUCCUGUUGCCGUCUAAGCUUCUGCCUAGCGGUGGAGAAACCCGAGACCAUGUUACGUAAAGCACUCAAAAGCAGGGACUGUUUUAUUUUUUCCACCCUCAUUCUCCUUGGCCAUUUUCUGCGCUCGCUGAAUACUACGGGCAUAUGAGCUUAAUGUAUCCUGACAGCGAACUAGCUGACGGAGGAGGUGGUGCGGAGGGACAAAAACGGGAGGAGGAGGAGGAAGCAGUUUUUACGUCAGCGGCUCAUUGGGAGGUGGGUGGGGCUUGGAGGUUUUUUUUUUUGCCCAGUCUCAGACCAGCGACCAAUCACGAGGAGUUCCAACUUCUUCUUUUAUUAUUAUUUUUUGCUCCCGACGUUCAGUGUAAUACAACUCGAUUGUAGCUUAUGAGAAAUAAUAACAAUAAUAAUAAAUAAUUUUUAAAAAAAUCUGCUUUCUGUCUGCCUAAUCUGAACACAAUAAACCCCGAAGUUGUUCCAUCAUUUAUUAUAGCAUCAAAAUUCAUGAUGUCACAUUAAUCUGUAAAGAAAAAGCUGCGUUUUGAUGCUGAUCAUGGUGUAAAUGUCCACAGAAGGACGUGUCUUCGCUUAGUAAUAUGACAAUUCUUUUAUGUAUUUUUGUGGGAUGUUUUAUAUAUAUAUAUAUAUUUACCCCCUCCAGUAAUACAAUAAA